GUCACGUGGGCGCGUGUCGAAGGUCACGGCGCCCACAAUGGAGCUGUCGCCGUACGCGCAGGGCGGCUGGCGGCUGCUGGGCGACCCCCGCCGCUUCCCCCGCCGCCCGUUCGCCGCCCUCCUCCGCGCCGCCUUCCGCAGCCUCCUGGAUCACCCGCAGGCCGGGCUGGACGAUCCAGACCUGAAAGAUAUUGACCCUACAGUAUUAAAACAUUGCCAUGCUGCGGCUGCAACGUGUAUUCUGGAGGCAGGGAAGCAGAAAGCUGACAUAUCUGCUAUAAGCACGUGCCUAGAAGACUGCAAACUGGAUAAAGAGAGAAUAGAACAAUUUUGCACCGAAUAUCAGAAAAACAAGGAUGCAUUGGAAAUCCUAUUGGGAAGCAUAGGCAGAUCUCCUCUCCAUAUAACUGAUGUGUCUUGGCGCUUGGAAUAUCAGAUCAAGAACAAUCAACUUCAUAAAACUUACCAGCCUUCCUAUUUGGUGACCUUAAACGUAGAGAACAGUGAUUCAGGAUCACACCCAGAUGUUAGUUUUAGUUGUACAAUGGACCAAUUACAGGACUUAGUGGGAAAGCUAAAAGAUGCUGCAAAAAGUCUAGAACGAGCGACUCAGAUGUGAUUGAAGGAAGGUGUCAGCCUGCUGAAGCACUCUCCUUCCUAAGUGUCUCCUAAAUGACAAAUGUCUUUCAUCUCUUGAUGCAAACUGGGGUUUUUUUAAGUCCUUGGAUGUGAAUUAAGUGAAUUUUUUACGUCUGCACUGGGCAUUCCCUGCUCAUGUAGUUGGGUUUUUUUGGUGUUUUUUUUUUUUUUAUUAACUCCUGUUAAAUAUUUGCUGAACUGUCGUGUCAUCAAAGUAUUCCUUCUAUCUCAUUUUGUAUAUUUUUACAACUGUCACUGCUUAUUUUUCUCUGUGAUCAAAUAAAGGUUUAUUCGCGCCUGUUGUGCAA